AACUAAGUUGUUUUUAUGCUUAAAUAUAGGACAAUUUCUAUAUCUUAUUAGAGAGGGAGUUGAAUUAGGUAAAUAAUUUACCUAUUAUUACCCCUAAUUAUGAGAGCUCAUCAUAACACGUCAUGAAAUAGAUUAGAUGCGUGCUUUGAAAGGAGUGUUGCCUUAUCAUAUUAUUAUUAUUAUUAUUAUUAUUAUUAUUAUUACUUCUUCUUCCCGUGGUGGAUGAUCGGAAUCUAACUUCUCUUUGAUCCCAUGGCCAAAGAUGCUCCCGCUUUCAAUCCUCAUCUCAUUGUCUCACAAAAAUUUCCAGAGAGGACAUAUACCUAUUCCGAGAGAGAUGCAACGCUCUAUGCGCUAGGUAUUGGAGCUUGUGCUAGGGAUGCCGUGGAUGGUGACGAACUGAAAUAUGUUUAUCAUGAGGACGGGCAGAAGUUUAUACAGGUAUUGCCAACAUUUGCGGCUCUAUUUUCCAAUGGGUCUAUAUCAUUUGGGUCUCUUCUACCAGGAUUAGAAUAUGAUCCACGCCUUCUGCUGCAUGGACAACAAUACAUAGAAUUGUACAAGCCACUGCCCUCAAGUGGUCGUAUACAAAAUAAGGUUGCUGUGGCAGGAUUGCAUGACAAAGGUAAAGCAGCUAUUGUUGAGAUUGAAACAAAAAGUUACAAUGAGUCUGGUGAAUUGUUAUGCAUGAACAGGUUGACCGCCUUUCUUCGAGGUGCUGGUGGUUUCUCAAGUUCAUCUCAACCAUUUUCUUACUCAAACUAUCCAGCCAACCAGGCUCCAGCAAUUAAAAUUCCAGAACAACAGCCAUUCACUGUGUUUGAAGAUUCUACACAACCAUCUCAGGCAUUACUUUAUAGGCUAUCCGGUGACUACAACCCUCUACAUUCAGAUCCCGCGCUUGCAAAAGUUGCAGGAUUUUCACAGCCGAUACUGCAUGGAUUGUGCACGCUUGGAUUUGCAGUUAGAGCCAUCAUUAAACGUAUCUGCAAGGGAGAUCCAAACAUGGUGAAGAGCAUAUCAGGACGAUUCCUUUUGCAUGUGUACCCUGGGGAAACAUUGAUCACUGAAAUGUGGCUACAAGGCAUGAGGGUCAUAUAUCAAACUAAGGUGAAAGAACGCAAUCGGGCUGUGCUGUCUGGCUUUGUUGAUCUUCGUAAUUUAACUUCUUCCCUGUAAAAGUAAGUACAAUGUAAGGACUUAUCAACUAGAAGCCCCCCAACUCUUGUCAUUACCCACUUAAUAAAAUCCAAAUACACUAUAAAUAUAGGGAUAAUAGGAAAAUAAAUAAUCUUCUUAUAUUGGACAAUCCACCCUCAGUCUUUGAUGCUUAUAUUAUGACCUUGGAUUUUGUUAUGACCAUGCUUUUCUUUUUCGUUCUUUUUGAAUGAGAUUCAGUUCACUUUGCUGAGGAUGGGACAAACAGUGUAAUAUAUUGUUGUUAGUAAAUUAAAUGUAUUAUUUGAUAA